AUGGGGAUUUGCUUAUCUUGCCUUCGUGGAGAAGAUUAUGAGGGUGAAGGAAAUGAGGAGUCCUCUUUGCUUCGAAACCAAAGCUUUUACUACAACGACAACUUGCAAGAGGAACUGCUUUUAAAAGAACAACAGAGACAACAAGAGCUCAAUGGUAUAGUAAAUGACUUAUCCGGAAGCUUGAUUGACGUGACCUCCUUUUUGAGCAACUCUUCUCGCUUAGGAACUCCUAAUAUGAAUUAUUCCAUGACCGCAAGCAGUAGUGACUUUGACAAAACUAGUCCUACAACACUAGGAAAAGAAGAGAAACUUCAGAUAUUGAAAGAUUUAGAGGAUUUGGAUGAGUCUGUAAAACAAAAGUGUAAAGUGAACUCAAGUGGUACUUUAUUCUUAGAGUUUUGA